AUGCAGGCUAUACCUUUGCUGACAAUGCAUCGAGAUAUUCUAGCAAGUGCUCCGACAGAACCUACAAGGGAAUUAGCAGCCCAGACCUAUCGUCAGUUUCUUAAAUAUGGCCAGCACCUUCCCGUGAGGCCUGCUUUGUUCGAAAAUGAAGAUGUACCCAAAAACGUGGAUAUUUUGGUUUCCACACCGAAUCGCCUUACUCAUCAUUUACCAGAUGUCAUUUUAAAAUAUCUUAGGAGCUUUCAGCUAGCCACCAUAUACAAAGCCUGUGAUGGAAAGUUCACACGCCGGGCGUUCUUCAGUGCUACAUUUUCAUAUGAAGUGGAGGAGUGGUGUAAGGAGAAUUUGAACGACGUAGCAAUGGUUUGCAUUGGAGAGAGGUGUGUUGCUGAGAAGCUUCGUCACCUCAUUGAAAAACUUGUUCGAGUCUGCCGCUUGUUUAGGAAUUCGGCGAAUGCUAACGUAACGCAAGAGUUGGUGUUUGCCGGUUCGGAAUAUGGUAAAUUAGUCGCCAUACGGACCCUUCUCCAAACUCAAUUCGAACCCCCAGCACUGAUCUUUGUGCAGGUAUGGGUGUUAUUCGUCAAGAUUAGCAAAGUUAUGAGUAAAGAACGUGCUCGUGAACUCCUAAUUGCGUUGUCCUCGCUUACACCACCAAUUCCUGUCUCUUUUAUUAGUAGCGAAAAGUCUCAAAGUGAGAGGGAAGCCGUUAUUGAGUCAUUUCGUUUGGGCCAAGUCUGGGUGCUAAUUUGUACUGAACUAAUGGGCCGUGGUAUUGAUCUGCGUAACGUCAAUCUUGUUAUAAACUACGAUCUCCCAACUUCCAUCGUCAGUUAUAUCCAUCGAAUUGGUAGAACAGGACGUGCCGGUCGGCAUGGUCGCGCCGUUACAUACUUCACUGAGUCUGACACUAGGUACUUGCGAUCAAUCGCCACCGUAAUCCAUCAGGCUGGAUUCGAAGUACCGGAGUAUACGUUAAGUCUGAAGCCAUUGAGCAGGCAAGUUUUGCUGGGUUAA